CAGAUAUAAGGAGAAAUCUUAGCACCGAAACCGAUUCCAACGGUCUUUUGCGACAGUGAUGACAUCCAAAUCCAGUAAUCAAGCCCAGGAAGAUAAGGACUUAACACCAUUUUGCGAUAAGCAUAAAGAGGAACGAUUGAAAUUUUAUUGCACAGAUGACCAUGUUGCUGUGUGUCGUGACUGUAUUCUCACCAAACACAACAAACACAAUUGUGUAGACAUUGCAGAUGAAGCAGAAACGCAUCGAGAGAAAAUAAAAUGCGCAUUUAAUAAUUUAUCAAAGAAUAUUUCACUGUUUGAAAAUGCAGAGUCGGAAGUAUCUAAGCAACUGGAAGAUACAAAUGAGGACGUAAACAAAACAGUGACUGUCAUAGAACAACAAGAGUCAGAUAUCAUAGAAGAGGUUAAGCGUACCUCUGCUCAGUUAAUAGCAGAAGCAAAAGACCACGCUGCAGCACAAAUAAAGUCACUCGAGGCUGAAAAAGAUCGCGUUCAACAACAGAAGGAAUCCAUUCACAGCAUAUGUGAGGAUGCCAAAAAGCUUGUCCAACAUUGCUCCCACGUGGAUGUGAUAAAAUGCAGUAAAAAUAUUCAAGCAAAGAUGAAAGAAUUCAAAAAUGCUAAACCCACCGUACAGGCAAAAACAACAGAGAUCACUUUUUGUAAAGAAAAACUUCCAGCAGACUUCUUUGGUCGCGUGAAGAAGUUAGAAUGGCUAAAAACUGCAUCUCUGGUGCGUGAGUUUCACAGCAGUAUGAAUAAUUUGUUCGACUUAUCGUGCAGCCAAAGUGGGGCAGUUUAUGUAGUUUGUGACACUUCGAAAAAACUACAGGCAAUAUCACCAUUUCAUGAGGUGAAAUUUGAGGUACAUGUACCAGAUCCCAGAGGUGUCACCGUGCUCAGUGAUGACAGACUGGUGGUUACAUGUGAUGAUGGAUGCCGAGUGUAUUCCUCCUCCGGGAAACAUGUCAAAACAUUUGGUCAGGGUGACAUGUCUACGCCCCAAGGUGUUACAGUGGACAACAAUGGACACAUACUUGUCUGUGACCAAAACAAUAAAUGUAUCUGUGUGUAUGACGCUGUGGAGUACAGUUUUAUCGAUAAGAUCAGUGUUCCUAUGUGUAAAUAUCCACAUUACAUUACAGUGCUCCCAUGUGACACCAUUGUGGUGAGUGACUGGAGUGGGCACUGUGUAUAUGGAGUGACCCCUCAAAGUGAUGUAAUGUUCCAGUAUGGUACACCAGGUGAGAAAGGCUUAGGUGAUGGAUACCUGAAGAACCCCUGGGGAGUGUGUACAGACAGCGUGGGGCACAUCUUCAUUGCUGACCUGGGAAAUAACAGGGUGGUUGUUCUGAACUCAGAUGGUCAACUGUUGAGAUACGUGGUGGGUCGAGAACAGGUUUCUAUACCACAGGGUGUUACCAUUGAUAACAAAGGGCAGCUUGUAGUGGGGGAGUUGAAAGGAAAGUUAAAAACAUUUCGCUUUGUUCAAUGACUACAAUAGAAGUAGUACAACAGACGUUACCA